AUAUUGAGUAUUUAAAUUCUUUAAUAUAAAAAUAUAAAUUAGAAACUAUUCGUAAAAGCAUAGCAGACGAACCCAAUUUUGAUUGUUAAAACAGCCGGCGGUAUUCAGAACAGCGGCUACAUUCAGAGUCUCCACCACCGCAUUCCUGCUAUAUAUAGAAUCAAAGAGUGAAAAAAAUGGGAAUUCCUACGGAUAUGAGAGAUGCCUGGGUAAGCCACAGGAAGAAAUCAUCAAGUUUUAUGAUUCCAUCUCCAGAAGAAGAUCUCAAGUUUCUGAGAUCCAAAAUGUGUACUCAAGAAGGGGUUCGUGCAGGAAUGAAGUCAGCUUCAAUUGCAUGUGUUGCAAGUGCAAUCCCUACGUUAAUUGCUGUGCGUACAAUCCCCUGGGCAAAAGCAAACCUAAAUUAUACUGCUCAAGCUCUCAUUAUAUCUGCUGCAUCCAUUGCUGCAUACUUUAUCACUGCUGACAAAACUAUACUGGAGUGUGCAAGGAAAAACACACGCACCCUUUAUGAUAAGUCCGCUUAACAGUUUACAAUUAAUCAAUUGUGAUUAUGAUAUCUGGCUUCUCAGUGUUGUUUGUAUCGAGUUUAAGCCUCACAUGUGGGCCCCGAAGUUUAUGCUUUCAGGUCUCCAUUUUCUCUACCAGUGAGAUAGAUGCAUAAUUAUAAAAAAAAAAAAAAAAAAAGGAAAAAUAAUUGUUUUUAUGCGUUGAUCUUUAGUGGCUGUAUAUGGAUAUAAUUUGCUUAAUAAUUCCUGUCUUGCAUUGUUGACUGGACCUUUUUCCUUAUCGCUUGAUUUGGCCUAUAAAAGCUGUAACGAUUUUCAUUUGAAAACGUUGUAUAUUAGUUGCUGUUGUUUUUUUGGUCAAAAUUUCAAGCUAAAGUUGGUUUAAAGUA